CUACACUGAAUGUGUUAACUGCCCAUGAAAACUACAGAAGAAGAGGCUCGUUUCAGCCGCAGUAAGCUAACAAAGUUAUCCUGAGACUCUAGAGUUUUACCUGCUUUGUCUUAGUUGUCAGCCGCCACAGACUCAGUUAUGGCCGGCUUGUCCAGCUAUGCAGUGCGCAUGGCUAGGCUGAGCUCAAGGAUUUUUGGAGAAGUUGUACGGCCGACAGACUCAAAAUCAAUGAAGGUGGUCCAGCUGUUCCAGGAUCCUCCGCUGCCCCGGCGAAAAGAGGUGUAUGAAUGGUAUCCUCAUCACAAGAUUUACUAUGCCAUGACCCAGAAGCUCAGGUUCAUGGGACUGUUCAGAGAUGAGCAUGAGGACUUCAAAGAAGAGAUGCGCCGCCUGAGGAAACUUAGAGGAAAAGGGACCCCUAAGAAAGGAGAAGGAAAGAGGGCGGGCAAAAAGAAAUAAAUUGCAUCUAUUUUUGCUGCAUUGUAGUUCUAUUGUGGGGAAAGGGAAAACUGUAAACUUCUCACUUAUUUUGAUCCAAACUUUCUUUGUUCCAUUUAAAGGCUUUCUGUUUCCCCAUUUGUGUUGGCUCAUUUUAGAUGGAACCCUACGCUCCAUUUGGUCUCUCUCUACUUGGCACAGAACUUGUUGUGUUUCCGCUGACCGCUGGAGAUAUGGCUUGGAUAUGGCUGGAUACGCCUCAAGCCAUCAAUUUAGCUGUGCCACAAUUAAGGUUACUUUAUGAAAUUGUCACAUAAAAGUAAUCUGUGUAAAAUGAUACAAAAAUAAAUCAAUAAAUAAGUUAACAGAAAAUAAAAACAAAUAAAGUAAA